AUGCCACCAGAGAUAAGUUUCCGAGGAGUGAGAAAGAGACCUUGGGGAAGAUUCGCUGCAGAGAUUAGAGACCCAAGGCAAAAAUAUAGGGUUUGGCUGGGGACUUUCGAUUCAGUUGAAGAUGCAGCUCGAGCCUACGACGCCGCUGCUCUUUCGCUUCGGGGACCCAAGGCCAAGAUCAACUUUCCAUCAACCACUCCUUCAAAUCCCUACUAUCCAUUUCAUCAGAACCCUAACGAUCGCUUUGUCAAUCAGCGGUUGUAUCCUCAGGAGCACCAGAUUAUCGCCCAGAGGACCACUCUUAGCAGUUUGACCGAUUCUAUUGAGUCGUUCAGUGGGCCUCGGCGGCGUAAGACGACUGAUUUGCCAUCGCGAAAACACCCUCGGCUGCCGCCGGUGCUGCCGGAUGAAAGAAGGGGUCGAAUGGCAUGGGUUCG